AUGAAGUUCGCGUCCUCCCGUCUGCUCGGCAUUGCUGCCCUGGCAGCUGUUUCUCCGGCCCUCGCAUCCCCGCAGAGCCCAUUGAAACCCGUCUCCUCGUCGCCGUCCACCGGCGGCUCCCUAGACGAUGUCAUCAAUGACUCACCCUUCCUGUCUUUCCACCGCGACCUUGUGCAGAUCGAGUCCCUCUCUGGGAAUGAGAGCUACGUCGGUGAAUUUGUGGCGGAAUUCUUGGAGGCGCACAACUUCACCGUUGUCAAGCAACCCGUGACGGGUGGGGAUGGACCGGCUCGCUUCAACGUCUUCGCCCACCGGGCGUCUGGUUCCCCCCAGGUCCUACUCACCAGCCACAUUGAUACCGUGCCCCCGUUCAUCCCCUACUCCCUCGAGCGCGUCGCCUCCAAUUCCUCGGCCUCCAGCAUCCGCAUCUCUGGUCGAGGCUCCGUCGACGCCAAGGCCAGCGUGGCAGCCCAGGUCUUUGCGGCGCUUGAGGUGCUGGAUGAGGACCCCGACGCUCCGCUAGGGUUCCUCUUCGUCGUCGACGAGGAGGUCGGCGGGAAAGGCAUGGGUGUCUUCUCCGAAUCCUCCCUGAACCCGGACCCCUCCCCCUUCAACGCCGUCAUCUUCGGCGAGCCAACUGAUCUUGCCCUCGUCGCCGGCCACAAGGGUAUGCUGGUCUUCGACGUGGUCGCCACCGGUCGCGCCGCUCACUCAGGAUAUCCCUGGCUCGGAUCAAGCGCCAUCUCGGCCAUUCUACCGGCCCUGUCGCGCGUCGACCAGCUGGGGGACAUCCCCGCCGAGGAGGGCGGCCUGCCCUCCAGUCCCAAGUUCGGCCGCACCACUGUGAACAUCGGUCGUGUGGAUGCCGGUGUGGCGAUUAACGUGGUACCCGCGGCUGCGCGGGCAGGCGUUGCCGUACGCCUGGCGGCAGGUACUCCGGACGAGGGACGCGAGAUCGUGCGGCGCGCCGUGCACAAUGCCACCAACGGCAACGAAGCCGUGUACGCUGACUUCUCGUCACACCCAGAAGGCUACCCACCGCCGGACCUGGAUACGGACGUGGACGGGUUCGAGGUGACGACGGUGAACUACGGCACCGACGUGCCAAACCUGCAGCUUCAUGAUCGCGAGGACGGCGGCCGCGUGCGUCGCUACCUCUACGGCCCCGGUAGUAUUCAUGUGGCGCACAGCGACGACGAGGCUCUCACCGUGGCGGAUCUGCAGGAGGCCGUGCGUGGAUACCGGAAGUUGAUCGAGGCGGCAUUGGAUCGGGAUGAGUGA